AUGAGUUCCAUGUCAGCCCUGAGACAGCAUGUUUCUGGGUCGGCCCGCAAAUUCAUCAGCCGAAGCACCCUCAAUGCCGGUGUCUGCAGGAACUGCCGAAGGCCUUUCAACAGCCUUGCAUUGGCCCCUCAGCCAGCUCAAGACCGCCACAACAAGGCUGUACAAACAAUAUCUAGCGUAAUACGCAAUUUUUACAAUCAAAAACAAACAUUCCGGAUCUCUCAUGGCUCGACAAACAGCACAAGACAGACGACGAAGAAAAAUGUCGUCAGCACUAUGGAGUUAUCGAAUGUAUUACAUGUCGACAAAGAUUCUCAAACGGCACUUGUGGAACCGAAUGUCCCCAUGGAUCGGCUCGUUGAGGCUACGCUAAAACACGGAUUGAUACCACCUGUAGUCAUGGAAUUCCCUGGGAUCACUGUUGGUGGUGGUUACAAUGGGACGUCUGGUGAAUCCAGCUCUUUCAAACAUGGAUUCUUCAACCACACCAUAAACUCCCUUGAGAUGGUCUUAGCAGACGGUGAAAUCAUCACCGCCUCGCCUACAGAAAACUCAGAUCUUUUCUGGGGCGGCGCCGGAGCACUAGGCACAUUAGGAGUAACAACGCUGGUGAAUCUCCAACUUAUCCCUGCAUCAAAAUAUGUUGAGGCGACAUACCACCCGGUAACAAGUGUACGGCAAGCAACGGAGACCAUUCAAUCGUUUACUAAUAAUAGCUCUUCUGACUAUGUCGAUGGGAUCCUAUACUCUCAAACAAAUGGCGCUAUAGUUGCUGGAAAGAUGACCGACUCUGUUUCCAACAACUCAAUCCAACGCUUCAGUGACGCCAAAGAUCCGUGGUUUUAUCUCCACGUCAAAGAAAUGUUGGAAAAGGCCCAAGGAGCGCCUGUAACCGAAAUCAUUCCUAUCGCAGAAUAUCUUUUUAGGUACGACCGCGGUGGAUUUUGGGUUGGAAACGCGGCGUUUGAAUACUUCAAGUUCCCAUUCAACGUCUUUACACGAUGGUGGCUUGACGACUUUCUACACACCAGAAUGAUGUAUACAGCUUUACAUGCGAGCGGACAAUCUAAGCGAUACGUAGUACAAGAUCUUGCGGUUCCUUAUGACAACGUCGAAGAGUUUGUGAAAUACACCGAUAAAAACCUUGGGAUCUGGCCUUUGUGGUUGUGUCCACUUAAGCAGAGUCCGGCACCGACCAUUCAUCCACAUUCGAUCACAAAGGGCACUGGCGAGCAGAAGGAGAUGUUGAAUGUUGGAGUGUGGGGUAACUGCCCUUCACAUUUGGAUUUCAUAAAAGCGAAUAGAGAUCUUGAAGCCAAACUGAAGGAGCUUGGGGCGAUGAAGUGGCUAUAUGCGCAGACAUACUAUAAUGAAGCAGAGUUUUGGGAGAUGUUUGAUAAGAAGUGGUAUGAUUCACUUCGAGAGAAGUACCGUGCGACGGCCCUACCUACCAUCUACGAUAAGGUUAAAAUCGGAAUCGAGGAUACCGCCAAAGAGAAGGGGCUUGAGGAUAAGCUCAAGGAAACCUGGCCUCUCAGCGGCUUUUAUGGAAUAAAAAAGGCUAUUGAAAGUGGUCAUUACCUUGAGGCUCGGAAGUCGCAAUGGAAGGAUUUGUAA